ACAUCCCAUAUAAAAUAGUGGAUGCAGCAAAGUCUGAGCCAGUGCAUCCUGACUGCAGAAAUGCGUCCCAAAUGUGCUCACUUGCUUAUAGUCCUGGUCAUUGUUGUUCAUGGUCAGAAUUAUCCGCCAUCUGAUGUGCAAUGGGUCAAUCGUUAUAGACAAGGUUUUAACUUCCAGUGUUAUCCAGGGGAAGCUUUGGUCUCAAUACAAAGUUACUAUGACAAAUCAGAAGGUUCUGACAGAGUCUGGAGUUUCGAAUGCAUGCCAACGCCUCAGGAAAUGGGAGAGGUGACAGAAUGCUGGUGGGAUGACAUUCAACGAGCUGGACUUGAAUGGUAUCAUACUUGCUCAAACAAUGGUAUCGUAGCUGGAAUACAAAGCCGAUACUUUGAGGCUGUUCUGGAUCGAGAAUGGCAGUUCUACUGCUGCAGAUAUAGCAGAAGAUGUCCAUAUGGCUGCUGGCUGACUACUGAUUUUCCUGAACAACAUGAAGAAGAGGGACAUUUGGUGAUUCAGAAUUAUGGGUAUUUCAUCAGAGGAGCUGGCACCACCUUUAGUGCUUUCCAUAGGGACCGUCAGUGGAAAUAUGUAAUCUGCAGGAUGACAAAUUUUGACUGUGAUUUUGAUAACCUGUAGGAAUCAUAAGUUGAAUGCUUAAAACCAACUCCAGAACAAAUAUCUAUUUAGCUGUGAUGUCUCUGUUAAAAAAAAUCUGCUCUGUAAACUAUAUAUAGUUUAUUUAAAAUAUAAGGUGCAGCAUGUAUGAGAAGAACCAUCGUAAUAAUUUCUGGUAUGAACAAGGUUGAGAUGUGAUCGUUGUUAGAACAUGACAAUCUUUAACUGGAAAAUACACGGGAGAUUAGUUUUGUCAAUACUGGGUUGAAGGCACAAUGAGAAUUGGAAAACACAGGAGGUUAGAAGACAUAUCUGAAAAGGAAUUCACAUAAUUCUCCCCUAUAGUAUAAUUGGAAACAAAUUGGGCAGGUUAUUGUACAAACGUGAUUUGAGAUGUCGGUGUCGGACUGGGGUGUACAAAGUUAAAAAUCACACAGCACCAGGUUAUAGUCCAACAGAUUUAAUUGGAAGCACAAGUUUUUAGAGCGCUGCACCUGAUGAAGGAGCAUCUGAUGAAAGUGCAGCGCUCCGAAAGCUAGUGCUUCCAAUUAAACCUGUUGGACUAUAACCUGGUGUUGUGUGAUUUUUAGCAUUGUACAAACAUGCAGUCUAAACCACCCAAGUUUUUAAUAUUCAUUGUAGCAAGACCAUACAGUGCAGCUAGGUGAAUGCAGGAAGCUCCCUCCUCUUACCAAGAUCUGCCAUUUUAAUGACUCAAGAAUCAAAGUUUGCUUUGCUUAAUAGGCCAUUAUGGUUAUUAGUUUCUAGUUGAAACCAGAAAUUUAUUAUGUAAAUAAACUUUGUGCAUGAAAACAUUCAAUUAAUGGUGUUGAACUGCAAACUAAGUGUAAUCUGUUCAAUAUGUUAAAAUUCUAGAUUUUAAGCAAUGUUAUGUACAUUUUAAAGAUUGCAUAUCUUCUGAGAAAAAAGUUUAUGGAAGCUUGGUCAUUCCUCCUCAGUACCACAAAGUUAAAUCAAAACAAACUCAAAUACACAUCUACAAUACAAUAACCUUGGCCUUCAAUACUCAGCCUUGAUAAUGAUGCAUGAAAACUGCAUUGUCCAAAAAUAAUCUCAUUGAAAACUGCUAUUGCUUAUAGCCAGGGUUUAGAUUAGACCGUGAGAGUCUACUUCCUCCGUGAAACAAAAAUCUUCCCUUUCAAUUGAACGAUCCAACUAUUUGAUGCAGGAAGCCUGGUCCAAAUACCACAAGUAAACCCUGGAUGAUGGCACAAAAUCCAAAUCUCUAUAUGAGCAAUGUAUGUUAUUAGCAAUGAACACAAUGACACCUUUGCAUAGAAUUUUACUUCAAUGAUUUUAAGGACAGUUAAUUCGAAAAAUUAAAUUAAUCUCUGGAACAACAAAAUAGGCAAAAUAAAUUUCUACAGAUUUUUUAUCCUAACUUCAUUGCUUUACAAUAUCAUACAAGAUUAUAAUAGGAAUGAAAAAUAUCCAGCUUUUAAAACGGAAAAAAUUACAGUAUUAUUGGUAUUGCCUAUAUGGAUACUUUAUUUAGUAACUUGUUUCACACAAGCAUAUUUUUAAUCAAAGGUUUUGCAUAGUUGGUUUAAGCCUUGCUCAAUAAACUCAGUGGUCUUAAAUCACAAUUGGAGGUAAAGCCAGAAUUUCAACUGGACAUCACAGCAGAGACAGAAAAUGGAAAGGAAUUUUUUGGGGGGGUUUCCACACCACUGAGAGACAUUUUCUGAUGACUGAACCCCGUAAGCCAAGUAAAUUGUCUGUGAGAAUUCUACCCAGUCUGUCUUUCAGACUGGCAUUCUAGAGUGGGAUCUAGGGCUUUAAGCAUGGAAACAUGAGUCUUGCUGCCCUUUAGCCUGCGGAGGAGGUUGUUGAGAAAUUCAACUCCGAUAGAUUUCUAAUUCUAACAUUUUAGAAUUCCCAACAAGAUGCAAACAAUUAUGCCACAUGCAUUCCCUCAAUUAUAUGCAGCCUCCAGCAAAAGCAAAUAUAUAUAGUAGUUACUCAUCUAUUAUUUCCAUUUAAGUGAAUGUUUGAAUGAAUGAGAAGAUUACAACUAUGUUAAAGCCUAUUCUUGGCUGUAGUUCAUAUAUAUCCUAUAGUUCCUGAAGUUGGCUUGAUUUUGCUUAAUUAAAUAAAAUUAAAGAUAUUUGUG